AUGGCACCUCAUCAGGAUAAACAGGUGGAGGAACUGGUAGACCAGGCUUUGAAACACAACUUCAGGACUUUGGAGGAGUUUUUACUAAAUGAGGCCAGUGAAGGGCUUACUUCAAAAUGUUCCAAACAGUUCCUCUCAAAACUGGACAAACUAAUCAACAGGGAAUUGGACCAGUGGAAUGUGAAGAAUGCUUCUCUGGUAUUUACCAUCUUUCACAAAUUGGGGAACACACUGGUGUUUCCAGGGGGUGGAGGUAUAUCAGUGAUGGUGUCACAAGGACUUGUGAGAAAGAUGGUACAGUGGUUUGAGAAAGCCAGAAAGUUAUGGGUUGGAGCUGGACCGGCGAGGAACGAGCAGCUUGUAAACUUGGCUGAAGACUUCUUUGAUGCAUUGAUGGUCAUUCAUGAAAGUUGUAAAGAGGGUACUUAUCAAGUAACAGAAUCCCUGCUCCAUCACAUUGGCAAGUUGGCCUCUGAUCCCCAGAUUAGCAUUCUAAUCCAAAAAGAGGUAGUGAAGAAAUUGAAUAUGAUAUUAGGAAUGAUCCCAUCAGAACUGAAGAAAGAGAAAAAGAUCUUGUCAUCACAAGAGGCAUCAAGUGUCAUGAAUGAUUUGGCUCAUCGAAUCCUCAAAGGAGGAGAUUAUGAUCUCCAGGUGGCUUUGAUGGAAGCUCUGUGUAGAAUGACUUCCCAUGCCCAGCGGAGGGAGCUGGCUGAUCAGUGGUUCAGCAUGGAAGUUGUUGCCUCAGCAUUCAUCAAAAUUCGGGACUCAGAGUUUGAGACUGAUUGCCGAAAAUUUUUAAAUCUGGUAAAUGGAAUGCAAGGUGAUGAUCGAAGUGUGUUCUCCUAUCCUUGUUUGGAGGCGUUUUUGGACAAGCACGUGUUGCUUAUGCCUGUGGAUGAGAACCUUCAUGAGUUCUGGAUUGACUUUAAUCUAGGAAGCAAGAGCAUUUCGUUCUAUUUUUGUCUUGCUGAUGAUGAGGCAAAGGAAAGCCAGUGGGACACACUCUGCAUAACAGAAAAUGAAGUCCACAGUUACACAGUGGAAGAGGAAAAAGAUGUAAAAGUGCUGCAGCUGGUUCUAACUGAGCCAGUGUGUCUUAGCAGUAUCGAGGGCACCAGACUCACCAUCCACUUCAGUUCCUCCUUAGACAUCCUUAAGGCCUCCAUGAAAGUCUAUGGAGAAACCAAGAAUAAAAAGUUUAUUGGAAAAACCAGCACAUCUGUGGUAAAAACCACUGUUCAAAUCAUUCUGGAUGAAGGAGGUUCACAGGUUCUUUUUCCUGAGAGUCAUGGCUCCUCUCAGCUCAUGGAAAAAAAUGUACCUUCUUCAGUGAGGAGUGACAGCCACUGUCAGACACUGGCAUCCCAUGAAAGAGAUGCCCAACAGAUCAACCAGCAGAUGAUAACACCAUUAAGGAGUAAGAUGUCAGAGUCAUGUAUGUAUGUGUCUGGCAGCGCAGGACGUAAACUUGGCAGAAGGCCAUUUAGCUUUGUGUUGCCUGCAUCUACCCCAGGGAAGGCAAAGGUGAAACCAGCUCUAGAGAUGGUAGCAUCAGAGAAGAGGAAAGCAUUUGAAUUGAAAGAGCUCUUAACUGCCAAAUUAUCUCAUAGUUUGCAGCCAGUUAGCGUGGAAAAGGAAAGCACAAGAAAACAGUCAGUUCCAGCUCUACAGAGCCCAGAUAUACAACAGGGCUGGGAAGGUCAACAAGCGAUGGAAAAAUACCGCCGGCAUAUCCCUGUAGAGAAAGUAGUAGAAAUGGUGCAUGCUGACCAAGAGCUCCAGGGAGAGUCUUUAGAUACCAGUAUAGUAUUCGACUCCCAGCCAAUUGUAAGGAGAGAAACCUCUAUAUUACCAAGUCCAGGCUGCCUUAGCAAAAGGAGAAUUUCAGUGUCUGGGUCAUUAUUCCCAUGUCAGCAUGAACCUUCACAUCAGUCCAAAUCAGAGCCACCACAGAAGCCAGUGUCAGCCCAGAGCAACUCUGGAGGACUGAGUCACAAACAGCUUCAUGCUCAGCUCACUCAAAGACUGGAGCAGGUGCUAAGAGAGCGUGAGCAGCAGGAGCAAAACCCACCAGAGCUAAGGGCUGCUGGAAAAGAGGCCACAGUGAAAAAGACACCGAGACUAACCCAACCGAAACUCAGUACCACUGAACAGAGUGGAUGGGCUCAGAGCAAUGGUGCUGACAUGAGCAACAAUACGAAGAUGGAGAAAGUAGCCAAGAGCAUGGUGAAGCACAUAAAGAGCCAUUAUAAUUGCACUGCCUUUAGUACAGCAGCACAGGAGCAUGUCUCCCAGUUCAACAUUGCACCAACUAACAGUAGAUACAUACAUACUUUCAACAAGAGUUGGUGUCCAAAUUCAGUUGCCAAGAUCUCUGCUAAUACAUCUGGCUUUCUGAAGUCAUCUUCAGAAGGCCAGGCAUAUCAAUCCAAGAAGCCAUCAACUCAGAAUAAGGACGUUUAUGCAUUCACUCUAGAUGUGCCAGAGCCCCGUGAGAAAAAAAAUAGGUCUUCUGAAAUAUCUGGAAUGGAAAGCAGUGUACUCAGCAGUUCACGAACUCUUUCUAGUACCUCUAAGAAGUGUCCUCCUGUGAAGCUUCAUGGCUGUAAUGUGAAGAAGCAUCUGUUUAGUGACACUGAUACUGACAAUAUGACGGAACAUAGCUGGCUAAAAACCGAAAACAGGAUACCAAAGCCUAAAGUGGCAGACUACACACGACAGCCAGCUAAGCCGGUUAAUCAUCCUGCGGACAUCACGUUUGAAACUCCAAACAUACCCAUUCCUUCAACAACGGUUGCAAAAGCACUGCCUAAACCAAAGCGGAAAAGGCAGAAGAAAAUAGUAGAGGAAAAGCAUAAGAAAAGCAAGAAUGUUGCCAGCAAAAAGCCAACAGACAGGCCAAGAAGAACCUCAGUUCUGACCAAAUCCUACAGAGAGUUGUCAGAUUCUGAGAGUGAGUCAGAAACCAAUGAACCACCUCCAGCAAAGAAGUUUAUCAUCAAACAGCCAGAAAAGGCUCAGAGGACAGCUUCAGUUCAGAACAGGGCUGCUUUAGUCGAACCACCUGUCAAAAGACACCAUCAACUCAGGUCCAAGGCUGUCCAUAAGGCUGUGAAGGCGAAACAGGAAAAAGAAUUACCAAAUCAUGAAAAAUCAAAGCACGAGAAGAUUGUUGCAGCUGUUCCAGGAUCCACCAAAGGAAAGGAAAAUGCAAAAGUUGGUUUUAUGUCUAAGGUUUUAUCCAAAAAUAUGAGCAUGUGUUUUCUUAUGUUGUCUCCAACUGAAGAUUUUUUAAAAUUCAUUUGUUCAAUGAUUACUUAACAGAAAUUAAUGGUUAAACCAUCUCAGGUGCUUCAGACUUAUUCAAACAAAACCACAGCACAAGAAGGAAAGACAGAUGGUAUAAACGAACAAGCUGAGAAAGAGAAUGAACAACCAGGAAAAACCACUACACAUUCAGUGAUGGGCAGCAAGUUUAUGAAGGAGAAAGAGGUCAAGAAACUAUUGUGUUCUGAACGGUCAAAGAACAGGAAGAAUUUGCUUUCUGCAGCAUCAAAAGAAUCGUGGGCCUCCAAACACGCCUCUUUCUGUCUUUCGCCAUUCCCCAUUGAGAAGAUGAGAUCUGCAGAGACGAUUGCAUCCUUACCCAGAUCUCCUCUGACACCCCUCCAACCUUUAUGCAUCUCUCCUGUUGUUGCCAUUUCUCCUCCGCUGGAGUUGCCUUGCCAUCUCAGAGGGAUCCAAGCAUCCUCCUUCUAUAAGACUUCAGGGGGACGGGAUGGUGCCACAUGUCUACCUCACCCUUUUGUAACCCCUGUUGCUCAGAAGCACAGUGCUCAAGAGACUGCUGAGCUGAAUCUUGGGCAGCCAUUCAUCCACCCCCUCAUUGCCUCUACUGGUAAGGAGAAAUGUUCUUCCUUGCUCAACUCUCCAGACCAAGAUGAUGAUGAUCUUAAGGGCUUUCUAAACAGCACCAGUCAAAGAGUCCUGCAGGCAUGUUUUGACAAAGAGUCUGUCAUCUCUUUGGUGACACCAAGCCAAUCAUCUCACACAUCUAUGGACAAUAUAGCUAUGAUCUGCACUGAACUUGAGAAAACACCUGCAUCUGUUCAUGGAAGCAGUGUUGGAAAGGCAGAAUCAGGUCCAACAACUAUUCCCACUCGGCCCAGCUCGUGCAGUUCCACAAGUCUAGCUGAACGAGAUGACAGUGAAGAUGAAUACGAGAGGACUAAAGCUGGGCCCAGUGAAUGCGCUGUUAGAAUGAAGCCAAGAAAGCUGUUCAAACCUAAUGUCAAGCAAGAGUCUAAUAAAAAAGGCUCUAAACAUCCCAUGCAAGCUGACAGCAGCACUGAGGAAGAAGAGAAAGAGAAGAAAACAGUUACUGAAGAUACGGAAAUGCGAUCCACAGUGGUGUCAAGCUGUUGGGAGACAAGCGUGGAGGCAGAUAUGGAUCUGAUACAGUCUGAAGUGAGCACAUCUCAGGAAAUGGGCUAUGUCUGCCGCCAGUUCAGCUCUGAACUUAAAAGAAAAUUUGAGAACCGCUCAAGGAGAAUGGAUCUUUUCACCAAGCAGUCCCUAAAGACCUGCAAGCAACAUGUUUCAACUAUAACCAUGAAAGUGCAACAGUACAGGUCUCAGAGGCUGGAGACAGUUAAACAAGUUCUAAUGGAUGAAAUUAAAAACUUGGAACAAGAUGACUCAUCUCUGCGGAACAUGGAAGCAGAGCUGACUGCUUACUGGAAGAAGCAAGCCCUAGCUUUCCAUACUUACCUGGAAAGAGGAACCCAAAGGCUCAAUCAUUUAAAAAGCACAAUUGAAACAAAUGUAUGCCGAAACUUGGACUAUGAGGAGCAGAUCUUUUUUUCACAGAUGCAUUUGAUGAAGAAAGACAUGAAAUCUGUUCAGGAUCACUUAUUCAGGCAGAUGCAUGAGGAAGAAUUGCAGAGUGUACGUAGAGGACUACAGACCUUGUUCCUUUCAGAUGUCCCCAUGUUUUUACAAUAGAAGCCAACUGGAGGACUUGGUUACAAGUAAAGUUCAGGAUGUUUUAAAAACGUUCUUAUUUUUCAGCAAUAUAGGUUCAAUAUUAAUUUUAAAUUACAAUGCUA